AUGAAGCUGUUGCGAAUGAAAUCCCAGAUUUUGGUUAUCAGGUUAAAGAUUUCCAAUAUCACACAUGGCAUGUUACUAAUUGGAAUAAUUUAGAAAGGAUGUUAACUGGUCCCGAAUUUGAGGUUGGAGGUUGGAAAUGGUGG